UGUGUACCUUAUUCCCCUCAGAUGAAGGCCUGACUAUUGACCUGAAGAACUUCCGGAAACCUGGUGAAAAGACCUUCACCCAAAGAAGCCGCCUGUUUGUGGGGAAUCUGCCCCCUGAUAUUACAGAGGAAGAGAUGAGAAAGUUAUUUGAGAAGUAUGGCAAGGCAGGUGAAGUCUUCAUCCACAAGGACAAAGGCUUUGGCUUUAUCAGGCUGGAAACUCGCACUCUGGCAGAGAUUGCAAAGGUGGAACUAGAUAACAUGCCUCUACGUGGGAAGCAGCUAAGAGUGCGUUUUGCAUGCCACAGCGCAUCACUGACAGUCAGGAACCUGCCUCAGUUUGUGUCCAAUGAACUCCUGGAGGAAGCCUUCUCAGUGUUUGGCCAGGUGGAAAGGGCUGUGGUUAUUGUGGAUGACAGAGGACGAUCCUCUGGGAAAGGCAUUGUGGAGUUCUCAGGGAAGCCUGCUGCUAGGAAAGCCCUGGAUAGAUGUAGUGAUGGGUCUUUCCUGCUAACUACUUUCCCUCGCCCUGUCACUGUGGAGCCCAUGGAUCAGUAUGAUGAUGAAGAGGGACUACCAGAGAAGCUAGUCAUUAAAAACCAGCAGUAUCACAAGGAGCGUGAGCAGCCUCCUCGAUUUGCACAGCCUGGCAGCUUUGAAUACGAAUAUGCCAUGCGCUGGAAGGCUCUAAUAGAAAUGGAGAAGCAGCAGCAAGAGCAAGUAGACCGCAACAUCAAGGAAGCUCGAGAGAAGCUGGAAAUGGAAAUGGAAGCAGCUCGCCAUGAACACCAAGUUAUGCUCAUGCGGCAAGAUUUGAUGAGACGCCAGGAAGAGCUGAGGAGAAUGGAGGAAUUGCAUAACCAAGAAGUACAAAAACGUAAACAGUUGGAACUCAGGCAAGAGGAAGAACGCAGGCGUCGUGAGGAGGAAAUGAGAAGGCAGCAAGAAGAGAUGAUGAGACGCCAGCAGGAAGGCUUUAAAGGGAAUUUUGCUGAUGCGAGGGAGCCACCAGACAUGCGGAUGGGACAGAUGGGUAUGGGAGGUACCAUUGGCAUGAACAAUAGAGGAGCCAUGGGUGGUACCAAUGUCCCAGCUGCUGCACCUCCUGCAACUGGUCCUGGAGCUAUGAUACCUGAUGGAGCCAUGGGAAUGGUAAUGUAUCUCCAUCUGCUUUUGAGUUACUGGGCCAUUGAAUUCCGGCUUUUUAUUCAUGUAGGGAGCAGUUACUUGGCAUGUUUGCUCCAACUGCUUGGAGUGAUUGCAGUGUCCUUCCCUGUGAUGUAUCCUACAGGAGAAGUUCGUGAUUAUUCAGAAUUUUUCAUCUGUAGGGAGGGGAAGAAG